GCACUGUGGUUAGCACUUCAGCUAUCAUCACUUGCUAAACUCAUAAGCAACGAUCUUCGUCUUACCAAAAAUAAUAAUAAUAAUAAGCAACGAUCUUCGCUGAUUGAUUCAAUCCUAAAACCAUAAAAUUAACUUAAUUAUUGAGAUCAAUAACAAAAGGAAAAGCAGAUACCAAAAUGGCAAAAAAUGAGAUGAAUGAGGCGGUGCAAGUUUUCUGCGUCGGAACUGCUGAUACGAAGCUUGAAGAGCUCCGAUUUCUAUCCCAAUCCGUUCAAUCAAAUCUCAGCAACUUCUCCACUAAUUCUUCCACUAAGGUACAAGUUACAGUUGUAGAUGUUUCUGCGGGUGAGAAGGAGGUACAGAGCUGUGGUGACUUCACGUUUGUAUCAAGGGAGGAUGUCUUUUCUGCUUCAGGGGAACCAAGCCCAGUCCAGCUUCCUGAUGAUAGAGGCAAAGCUGUUGCAGUGAUUUGUAAAGCACUUGAAAAUUUUCUCAGAAAAGCUCAUAGGGGUCGAGUCCUUGCUGGAGUUGUAGGGCUGGGAGGUAGUGGAGGGACAUCUCUGCUAUCAUCUGCCUUUCGAUCUCUUCCCAUUGGGAUCCCCAAGUUACUUGUAUCUACUGUUGCCAGUGGUCAAACGGAACCUUAUAUUGGAACAUCAGAUUUAUUGUUGUUUCCUUCAGUGGUGGAUAUUUGUGGCAUUAACAAUGUGAGCAGGGUUGUGCUAUCAAAUGCUGGUGCAGCUUUUGCUGGGAUGGUCGCUGGAAGGCUUGAAAAGUCUAAAGAAACCCGCAAUGGCAGUGAAAAAUUUACAGUGGGUUUGACAAUGUUUGGAGUCACCACACCAUGUGUUAAUGCUGUCAAGGAAAGACUGCUUAAAGAAGGUUAUGAGACCUUGGUUUUUCACGCCACAGGUGUAGGAGGCAGGGCUAUGGAGGAUCUUGUUAGACAAGGACUUAUACAGGGUGUUUUAGACAUCACAACCACUGAAGUUGCAGAUUAUGUUGUUGGAGGUGUUAUGGCAUGUGAUAGUUCCCGGUUUGAUGCCUUAAUAGAGAAAAAUAUACCUUUGGUGCUGAGUGUGGGAGCCUUGGAUAUGGUUAAUUUUGGAGGCCAAGAUACCAUACCUUCUCAAUUUCAUCAUCGGAAGAUUCAUGAACACAAUCAGCAGGUUUCUUUGAUGCGGACUACAGUGGAUGAGAAUAAAAAGUUUGCUGAAUUUAUAGCAGAGAAGUUAAACAAGUCAAACUCAAAACUCUGUAUCUGCUUGCCAGAGAAAGGGAUAUCUGCUUUGGAUGCACCUGGUAAGGCCUUUUAUGAUCCUGAGGUUACUGGAACUCUGAUAAAGGAAGUACAGAAGCUGAUUCAGACAAAUGAAGACCGUCAGGUCAAGGUUUUCCCUCAUCACAUUAAUGAUAUUGAGUUUGCAAACGCCUUGGCUGACUUGUUCAUAGAGAUCUGUCAUAAUUCUAAAGAUGGUGGUGAGAGUGUUUAUGAAUCUAUGAAAGAUAUCCAAGAAGAUCAUCCUGUUUCUGAAGUAAAACCCACAAAAGGAACUAUUUCUUACUGCCUGAGCAACUUCCCAAAUGCAAAACCAGAAACUUUGGAGAGAACGCAUGCCGUGCUGCAGAAUUUGAAAGAUCAAAUAAGGAUGGGUAAACCCAUUAUUGGGGCUGGUGCAGGGACAGGGAUAUCAGCAAAAUUUGAAGAAGCAGGUGGCGUGGAUCUAAUAGUUUUAUACAACUCAGGGCGCUUUCGGAUGGCAGGAAGGGGCUCCUUGGCAGGAUUGUUGCCUUUUGCUGAUGCAAAUGCAGUAGUAGUUGAGAUGGCCAAUGAAGUGUUGCCUGUAGUUAAGAAGGUUCCUGUUCUGGCUGGUGUCUGUGCAACUGAUCCAUUUCGCUGCAUUGACUAUUUCCUGAAGCAGUUGGAGUCCAUAGGUUUCUGUGGAGUGCAAAAUUUUCCUACUGUUGGGCUUUUUGAUGGUAAUUUUAGACAAAAUCUAGAAGAGACUGGAAUGGGAUAUGGAUUGGAGGUUGAAAUGGUUGCGAAAGCUCAUGAAAUGGGCCUCUUAACUACCCCUUAUGCCUUCAACAUAGAAGAAGCAGUGGCAAUGGCAAAAGCUGGUGCUGACGUUGUAGUGGCUCAUAUGGGGCUCACAACCUCAGGAUCAAUUGGUGCAAAAACGGCUCUCUCAUUGGAUGAAAGUGCUGUUCGUGUUCAAGCUAUUGCUGUGGCUGUUCAUUCUGUCAAUAGUGAUGUUAUUGUGCUCUGCCAUGGAGGUCCUAUAUCCAGCCCUGAAGAAGCCAAAUAUGUACUAAAGAAUACAAAAGGCGUUCAUGGAUUCUAUGGGGCAUCAAGUUUGGAAAGGCUACCAGUAGAGCAAGCUAUAACAGCCACCGUACAGGAGUACAAAUCAAUUUCUAUGAAGUAAACGUGACAUUCUUGGAUGCCUUUGGGAGCUAGAUCCUUUUUGUGUGUUUGUUUACUUUUCGAUUCAUUAUCAUCUUUUUCUGACAUGUACUUUGUUAAAAAAAAAAAAGAUAUAUAAAUAUUCAAAGAUUUCAGAUCAACAUUAUGCACUUAUGGAUGAGAAUAAAAUUUGAAAUGACAUUAUUGUCAUACAGAAGAUUUA